ACAUGUCUGAACAGGCCUCCUUCUGGUCAUGGUUGUGUUUGGACAGUUAAAGCUAGAGUUUGUAACGAUCACGCCUUUCUAAAGUUUAGUGCUGGACAAAUCCAGACUUCAGAGUCUCUCAGGGUUUGUCAAGAAGAAUAUUUUAACUAGGAAGCAUGAAGGAAUAAAGCAGUAGACUGUUCUUCAGUAUGAGAUGGCUAUGGACACAGGCUUUGCCACAAUCAAAGAGGUGCAGUGGGUCCCAGGGGAGUGCCCAGAAGUGGAGAUGGUGUGUUUGGUCUCUGAAUAUGAUAGCUUAUGCAGCCAGAAACUUUUCAGAUCUAAAAAGGUCAAACCUGUUGUUUCAUUGCCAUUUAAAGUCAAAGCUCCUGGUCUUACAAAGCCUCAUUGCACCCACUCCGCGAAGGAGAUAUUCUUGCAGUUGCUGGAUAGCAGCACGGUACAGACUCUCUGUAAAAGGGUUAAUAAUCACGCUGUGGAGGAAUAUAAACUCCAGAAGAGAAAGGAAAAGUGGAAAGCAAUUGACAACGAGGACUUCCUGUCCUGGAUAGCCGUCGCUCUUCAAGGAGGCCUGUUUGAGGACCUGAAGGAGGACAGGGUGAAAGAUGUCAUUUCUGUCGUGGAAAAGUGGCAAGACAAAUUCCCAGGGGGUCGCUUUCCCGAGAUUCUGCAGUAUUUAAAAGGCAUGAAGGAAGACCAGGAGGCACAGUGGGAAACAAUUCGCAAUCUGCAAGGCAAACUCACCCAGAAUUUCCAGAGGUUUUACACUCCUGAGCAGAAGCUUGGUGUGAGAAAAUGCACAUUUAGGUUCAAAGGUCAAGCAGCCAAGUCUGGGCCAAUCUGCAGCGAGCUAAAAGUGGCGAUUCUUUUCGAUCUGGAAUGUGGCUAUGUCUGUAAUUUCUUCCUGUAUUCUGCCGAUCACCUUUGUAAACAAGUGAAAAGUCCUCUUGUGGUUCACAUACUUCACGAGCUUCUUAAACCUUAUUACAAUAAGGGGUAUCAUGUGCAAUUGGAUAGUUCUGCCUACAUGGGUGGAAGAUUAAGUGAGCACUUUGCACCUUUUGGAAUAUUUCUUCAUUUUACAAGUUUCUGGACUGGAUAUGAUUUUAACUCCACGUCUUCUAACACUGAUGGACAUCAGGAUUUAUCAAGCUCAGUGUGUCACCAUCUGCAAGGCUGGACAGGCCCUGUCAUCUUUCCACUUUCAACAGAGCCUGAAGAGUUAACGUUCCUGCAAACACUCUGGCUUAUGGUGCACCUGAGUUGCGUCGGCUCUUUUGUGCUGAGUUCACAGCAGUGCAGCAAAACGAUAUCCUUGUACAAGUUUACAAAAGCUCUUGCUACUCAGCUGGCAAAUAAGGAGUUCAGUUCCAGGCUACUUUUACCACCGUUAGUUUGCAAUGACCUGUCCAUAAAUGCAGACAAGAAUGUCACUGGCUUCAGUGAAGAAUGUAAAGCUUUAGAAUACAGCAGCUCUUUUGAAAGAGAUGUUUCCAGCCCCAAACAGGGAAGGAGGCCUAUCCCCAGCCUUACGGGGCUGAUCAACUCGGGAAACUCCUGCUACAUGAAUGCUGUGCUGCAGUGUCUCUCCGGCACGGCAAGCCUAGUCGAAUACCUUUUAUCCAGUGUAAACCAGGACGAGUUAGCCAGACGCAGGAGUGACGUUGUCUGUGCGUUCAUUACCCUUCUGACAGAAAUGUGGACAGGGGAAUAUGAGCACAUAUCUCCUCUGGAAAUAAGGACUGUCAUUGGAUCUCUGCACCCCCAGUUUGCCAGCAACACUCAGCAGGAUGCACAGGAGCUCCUGCUUUACCUGUUCAAUGGACUGCAUGAGGAUCUGAAAAAAGCCACUGUGAGAAAGCAGCCCAGAGGAAGCCUGAAGAGGCAGGAAGCUGGUAAAUCCUCUGGUCACUCGAGCGAGACUUCCAUCAUCACUCAUCUUUUUGAAGGGCAGCUCUGCUACGUCACGCUGUGUCUCCAGUGUGACAAUCAAACCCGCACCAAUGAGGUCUUCACCAUUCUGUCCUUGCCCAUUCCUCCUGGAGCCUAUAGAUGUUCUCUUCUGGACUGCCUUGAGCUUUUUUUUCAGCAAAACACCUUGACACGGACUAACCAGAUUCUUUGCUCCAGCUGUGGGAUAAAGCGAGACACUGCUGUUUUGACCAGCAUUUCCAAAGCGCCUGAAAUUCUCAUCUUGCAUUUAAAGCGAUUCGAAGUCGAAGGUCUUAAGAAAAGGAAAUUGCGGACCGAUGUCAGCUUUUCAUUGGAAAACCUGGAUCUGUCCCCUUAUUUAUCAUCAUCCCCAUCAUGUCAGUCAAGAUACUAUCUUUACGCAGUAGUGAACCACAGUGGCGAUUUGGACAAUGGGCACUACACUGCCUACUGCAAGAACGCUGUGACUCAGCGCUGGCACAGGUUUGAUGACGAGAUCGUCUCUGACAUCCCCAGCUACUUGAUCCAAUCUCCGAAUGCCUACAUACUUUUCUACACUUGCCAGGAUUUCCGGUUGCCCUGUCUCAGACUGAGUGCUUCUUAAUCAUACAAAAACAAAUGUACCUUCUCACCCACCCCAUAAAACAUGUGCACCAUCCCAUUCUUCUACUCUUUGUAUUUUUUAGGAUGCACCCCCCCCCCCCCCCCCAUAUUAUGUUUGCAUCUUUUGUCAAAAAAGAAACAGGUGAGUAUACAUCUGAUGAUGGAGACAUGAACUCUUAAGCCGCAGGUAUCCAUAAUUACAUGUAAUAAUAUUAUCCAAUUGCUUAAUUAGAAGCAUAAACAAAACAAUGCAUUCUUUGAAUUGGUUAUUCUAGGAGUUCAAAUCAUGUCAAUUUAAAUGUUAAGCAUUUUUUGCAAAUAUUUGUAACCGUUCUGGGUAUCUUUAAAAGGAAGAUUUUUGUAUUUGUUGAUCUUUUUUGUGGAUUGGGCACAGUGUGUCUUUUAGGAUACUGGAAAAUGAUGUAUGGAAGAGAUCCUAUCCCUACACCUUCCUUUCCUGACUCCCAGUCACACAGCAACACUUACCAGGGGGGUCAGGAAAUCAGAAUGUGGGAAUGAGAUCAGUCAUGGGCUUCAUUUUCCUCUGUCCAGAAACACCAACCGCGACAGGAAAUGCUGAUGAAAUACAAAAAUACCACGGAGAAUAAUUAACAACAUCCUAAACGAUAAGUGGCUGUACCAAUUCCAUCAAGGCUCCAUAUUCACACACUGCUUGCUCAAUGGAACGGAAACUGUUCCAUUACGAAAGUAUAUUUAUAAGCAAAUGGUCAUAAUAUAAACAAUAAUAAAG